GCUAUUUAUAUCGUCAGCUGAUCGAUGUAAACAAAAGUGUCUGUGUCGAGACAAUCAGCUGAUAGACAUAAACAACCUUGUAGCGUGUUGUAGAGAGUUGAGCUGACUGUUAUGGAGAGUUGAAUUGAUUUUUAUGGAGAGUUGACUUGAAAGUUGAAGAAAAUUGAGGCGCCAGUCUGGCUGAGGAGAUUCCCACCCCUCCCCACCUCUACUGGCGGAUAGAGCUGCAUAGUCUUCCCGGCUUGGUACCAUCUUUUGAUAAUUACUUCCUUUAUUCCUGACGGAGCACUGUUCAUUAUUCACAACCUGUUGUCAGUAAUGGCAAGGAGAGUCGGUGCUGUUUUAAUUGAUCUGAGCGGCACGCUGCAUGUGGAGGACGCAGUUAUACCCGGGUCAAUAGAUGCCCUUAAAAGAUUAAGGGCAACAAAUGUCAAGAUUAAGUUUGUUACAAACACCACAAAGGAAUCAAAACGUAUCCUUCAUGAACGUCUCACCCGCAUCGGUUUCAGUAUUGAUAGAGAUGAAAUCUUCACAUCUCUAACAGCUGCCAAGCAGUUAAUAGACAAAAGACGUUUACGACCAUACAUGCUGAUUGCUGAUGCAGCUAAGGAGGAAUUUCAUGACAUCAGCCCUGAGAAUCAAAAUGCUGUACUUGUAGGCUUAGCCCCUGAUCAGUUUGAUUACGAACACAUGACAACAGCCUUCAGAAUUCUGCUUGAAGGGGCUCCACUUAUUGCUAUUCACAGAGCUCGGUAUUACAAACGCAGCGAUGGAUUGGCUCUUGGACCAGGAGCAUUUGUAGCUGCUCUUGAAUAUUCAUCUGGUUGUAAGUCGGAAGCCGUUGGUAAACCUGAAGCGGCUUUCUUUCAUUCAGCUUUGGAGGAGCUGGGAUGCAGUGCUUCAGAAGCUGUCAUGAUCGGAGAUGAUGCUCAAGAUGACGUAUGUGGCGCAAUGAAUGCUGGCCUUCUUGGAAUUUUGGUGAAGACUGGUAAGUAUAGGCCAGGUGACGAGUCUACUGUAGACCCAAAGCCAUCAUAUAUUGCUGAAAAUUUUGCCCAAGCUGUGGAUUACAUAAUCAGCAGGUGGUUAUGAAUUCAGAGGAAUAAUAUCCUAGAUUCUACAUAUUUGAAUGAACUUAGACUUUAAACCAAUGGAAAGCAAACUAUAGGUUUCCUUACAGCCAUAAGCACAACUUCUUUAUGUAUAAUAACUUUUAAAACAUACAAGAUUGAGGUUAGAAUAAUGUUCACAAGAUUUUAAUAUUUCCUCUUCAUUUGAUCAAACUGUGGCUGAAUAAAAAUUAUGGGAGCUCAAUAUUGCUAAUUGUAUUAUUUUUGAUUUACCAUCUAAAAUAAUUAAAUUAUUAUUCUAUAUUCUAUGAAAUUAGGACCAUAUGUAUGGACUGUACAUAAUGUACACUAGGAAUACAAGCUUACAAAUUGAAUAUUAUUUAGUUGAAAUAUAGGCAUGCGAAAAGGGUAUUGACCUUAGAUAAGUUGGUUUAGGUUCAUUCACUUACAUAUUGUAAAAGCACAUUAAUUGGACACUUGUCAAAUUGUGAGAAUAGGCUAGUGAUCUGUAAAAGGCUCUGUACAAUCAUCUUUCCUGAAGCCAAAUUUUUACACACCUCUAAGGGGGUGGAUUGAUUCAUGGCAUAGGAGAAACUUGCUGUCAGAUUACAUACAGUAGCGAAUCCUCUGUAAACAUUUGAAUUUGAUUGAUGCUCAUUGAAACUUUUGUACAUGGUAAAUAUUAAGGCACUACUGUACAUACACUCAAGUGUACUUAUAUAUCUAAGACAAUUACCGGUAAGUGCAAUGCUAAUACUGACUUCAAAUGGACACCAUGUGAGAAACAAAUAUUUAUUUAAUAUUUCAAGAGUGUGACUUGACCAAACUUUAAAUGCCAUGCAAAUAAAGGAUCCUAAAUCAACCCGUCCUCCUAAUAGAGCAUCACAUUUUGAUGCAUACUCUACCUAAGGUCAAAAUCGUUGUAUUAGAAAAUGGUAGUGGCUCUCAAAAUUGACAUCCUUUCCCAUUUUCUAUUUUGGGUCCUCUUUUAGGUUACGACAGAGCAUUUUAAUAUGACAUUUUCUUGACGUUGGGAAACCUUAGGAGGACGGGCUGCCUAAAUUAUGGAAUGAUCUCUCAAAUACAAUUUAAUGGUGUAUUUCUCCUGACCAUUUAAAAAAAAGACUAAUAAAUACCUAAUAAACAUAAUGUAACAAA